AUGCGACAAUGCCUCACUCACCCCGAAGGCGGUUACUACACGAGACAGACGUCGAGCGGACAGGAUCAAUUUGGUAAAAAGGGUGAUUUUGUGACAUCGCCAGAGAUCAGUCAAGUGUUUGGCGAGCUCAUUGGUAUAUGGCUGUAUGCGGAAUGGCUAGCGCAAGGAAAGAAAGAAAAGGUGCAGAUUAUUGAGGUUGGUCCAGGACGAGGAACGUUGAUGGACGAUGUUUUAAGGACUAUAUCGAGCUUUAAGGCUUUCACUAGGAGCAUUGAAGCCAUUUAUCUCAUCGAAGCGUCACCCUAUCUACAGAAACAGCAAGCAAGGUUGCUUUCUGGCACCGAGGAUCUGAAGAAGAGCGACAUUGGACUGACUGCACAAUGCAAGUACAUGCCAACUUGCAGGAUUGAAUGGUGUGAAGACAUACGGCUCGUACCAAAAGAGCACACGACAGCCCCUUUCAUACUCGCUCACGAGUUCUUCGACGCACUCCCGAUCCACGUCUUCCAAAACGUCGCGCAAUCUUCAGUGCCUGCCUCAUCAACCAUCAUUACACCGACCGGCCCUAUAAAACCCAAGCACGGCGUAACAACACCCAAGAACACCUGGCAUGAGCUAGUUGUAUCACCAACCUCGCCGUAUUCUAAUGCGGGCGCAACCAGCUCUUCGUUGUCAAAGACAGAGGACGAGAAACUGGACUUCGAAUUGACCGUUUCAAAGACACCAACACCGCACUCUCUGUACUUGCCAAAAUUGUCUGAUCGUUACAAGAAGCUAGAGAACACACCGGAUGCGAUCAUCGAGAUCUCGCCUGAAUCUUUUGCUUACGUAUCUGACUUUGCUGUACGGAUAGGUGGUAGCAAUGCAAAAUCUCGCAACGUUUCAGCAACUCAAACUCCUUCGAGUAGAAACGCUACCGAGGAGGAGAGCUUUGUGAAAACGCAGCCGUCUGGCGCAGCCUUGAUCUUGGAUUACGGCCCCUUGGAUACUAUCCCAGCGAACACCCUCCGGGGUAUUCGCUCACAUACCACUGUCUCGCCUUUUGCGUCACCAGGUCUGGUGGAUCUUUCAGCUGAUGUGGACUUUCUCGCUCUUGCAGAUGCAGCUUUGGAUGCCUCCCCUGGAGUUGAAGUUCAUGGACCCGUUGAACAGUCUUUCUUCUUGUCGACGAUGGGCAUCAAAGAGCGCGCCGAUCGCUUACUCAAGGCGGCAAAGGACGAAGACACGCGGAAGCGCCUCGAAAUAGGCUGGAGGCGACUGGUCGACAGAGGACCGAAUGGCAUGGGCAAAACCUACAAAGCCAUGGCUAUCGUUCCUUACAAGGAACGAGGUCCAGUUCGACGGCCGAUCGGGUUUGGUGGAGACAUCGCUGCCUGA